UGUUGUGUUUGUUGCAACCCAGAAAAAAAAAUCACGCAGUGUCAUUCAUAUAUUUUGUCAUGUAUAAUUCAUGAUACGUUAACACGAAACCAAGAAGUAGUACUUCCUAUUUCAGCUUUUCAUGUCAUUCAGUUUAUGUUCUGCAAAAAGCGUAUUUUUUGUUUCCUUCGCUUUUUUAUUGAGAGGCAAAUUAAACGUUUUUCGAUGUAAAGUAAUAUAAAGACUGAGAAGAAACAAUACAAUAUCGCGGAGAUAUUACCUUCAAAAGUUUUAUUCUCUUUUUAUUUCUUAUAUACAAACAACCGUGAGCCGAAAUUAUUUACCAGCUUUGUGUAACAUGUGCUAUUUUUUCAAUUGCAUAAUGUUCCACCUUUUACUCUUGACGAUAUAAUUUUUAAAAAAACCUGAUGAAAAUCUCACAAGAAUAUUCGCAUAAGGCUUCCAGCUGUUCCUGAGAUUACACCAAAGAUGGCAGUGGGAAAUUAUGCAGACAUAUACAAAGAAAGUAUGGAAAAUCGCCUAUUUGGAUGUUUUUAUAUAUUUUGUCUAAUUUUAGUUUCUUCAGAAAGUACUAUACCAUAUGAAUAUUAAAAUAGAGUAAAUAACAUGCCAGGAAAAAUAGGGAUAAACAGAAAGAAAAAUACAAUUUAAUAAUUUUUCAAAUUGUUUCUACAAACGAGAUGGUUUCUCCACGUGAUGGAUUUCGAAUUUCGUUCUCGAUAUUAACCCUAACCUAUUUAAUAAGAAUGAAGUUUGUCAGAAUAUAUAGGCUUAGACUCACCAAAGUUCAAAAAAUAUAUUCUUGAUCCUAGCUUAGAGAAUAAAAGAAUGUUUGGGAAAUAUUAUAAAGCUCGAAAGAAUAAAACCUUAAGAAUUUCCAGCCUGCGUAAAAUUUUUUCGUUAUUUUGUGUAGUACACGUUAAAAAGAAAAACUCUUAAUAAAAAAAAAACUUUUACCAGACCUCCCAAGUUUUAGAACAAGAAAAAAAUGAUAAUAGCAUUGACUGGUAUUUUUUGGAUAAUUUCUGUAAAUUUCGAAAUGCAACAAAAAUCGAAAAACUCGCAUAUAUGAAGUUGCUAUGCAUCCAAAAUACAUGCCUUUAUAGACAAAGCAGUUUUUCGAACUAAACUUUUGCCAGAUUUGUCAUUAAAAACGUGUGCUUUUGUUAUGAACAUUGAAUGGAAUAUUUGUAUAAGUCGAUCCGAAACAAGACGUAAUUAUGACCUUCCACCUUCACCCCAUUUUCUCUACGAUAUUUUUAUUAUUAUUAUUAUUAUUUUUUAAUUUCGUAUUUCGUUUUCAUAUUUCAUUUUUUAUCUCUCUUUUCUUCAAAUUUUGAAGAGUUGAAAUUUUCAACUUGUGUUUUAAUAUUUUAUUCAUGAGUUUUCAUAAGAGGAACAGAUUGUGAAUAUUGCGUAUUUUUUUGUAUUCUUCUUCCUUUCUUUGUUUUAUUCAUUUUCUUCUUUGUUGUCCAAAUAUAAUAUCUAUUGUAAACGAAAAUAAGCCACCGUAUUGAAACUAGUGAGUUAAUUAUCGGACAAAGUACCCACAAUGCAUCAGGUGUCGAAGCUAUAAUCGCCCCCUAACAAAAAAAUUAAAACUUUUUUUUCCUCACAUUAAACUUUGAAAGUUUCACCGUUGUGAAAAUAUUUCGUUGACCAUGGGUGAAAUAAAAGCGAGUAAACGAACAUCAAAAAAAGACGGUAAUAAUAACGAAGUUCCUUCGAAAAAACUUGAAAAAGAUGUCAAAUGUAAUGUCAAAACAGAAAUCAUAGGACAAGCUACUCUCAUUCCGACAACCAUAAAUUAUAAUUCCAACGUUUUACCAGACGCCAUUUUUUUGACAACAUCCAAUGGACAAUUAAUAACAACGCCGUCAAUAAAUCCAGCACCGGCUCCAGCAGGAACGACUUCCAUUAACGACAUAACGACAACGACGUCCAGUAUAACUGACAGCAAACAUCAAAUGAAAAAAGAAAAAAAGCACUUACAAGAAGAACAUGGAGGUGCAGCUGCGAAGAAAAUGAAACCAUCUGCAUUGAAGAAUUCAUCUGCAAACUCGAGAACUACACACAGCUCAUUGGUCACAACACCAAACAAAGAACAAACUAUAUUCGCUACAAACUUUCCUUUAUUUACUACUGGAUUACCAAACAAUCUCGCUGCUGUAUUUUCCAGCCAAAACAAUUUUACCACUGGUUUAACUCCGAUUACAACGUUUAGUCUACAGAAUCCUUUACUAACUCCGAAUUUAACCAUACCUAUAUAUAAUUCGCUUGUGGCUGUUUCAGGAACGGCUAAAGAUGGAUUGCCGACGAUAAACAAAGAAUUAUUUUCGCCAGCAACGUCAUCGGCAGCUAAAGGUAACAGCAAAAAUAAAAACAGUUUAAGUGUAAUAACGCAGAACAGCGCAAAUAUGACAACUGCGCGAGGACGAAAGAGAACGGCGCAAUCUCGCUUGCCAGCCAAACUAAAAGAACCGGCAGCCGUUGCUAGAAGAAACGCUCGCGAGAGACGACGUGUUAAAAUGGUUAAUGAUGGAUUUUUAAGGUUACGACGGCAUGUUCCGACGGAUCCAAAAAAUAAAAAAUUAUCAAAAGUAAAGACUUUACGUUUAGCUAUUGAAUAUAUACAUCAUUUGCAACAACUUUUACAUGCAGAUUCAAACGCAAAACAGUCCGUUUUGGUGACGGGUUUUACACAAGUUAAUAAUGGCUACGAAGAAAUGGAUGGUGGGAAUGUGGGAUGGUUGAAUUCAGAAUCACUGGCGAGAGUUAACCGUGAUCUUGAAGAAGAUAUAUUCCAGACAAUCGAUCCUGCUCGUUUACGUACGAAUUAUACCGAUUAUAUUACCCGAUAAAAUCCGAAAAUUUUAGUAGCAUUAAAAAUAUCGAGAACGGCUUUAUUCUCCCAUCUACAACUAAAAUCGCGUGAGAAAUCAGCUUCCGUUAGAGACAGAGGGCGGUAAAUCAAUUACAACGAUCUGGUCAUAAAAGUGUAAACUUUGUAUGAUUUAUUAAUCCGACUCUCUUUGUCCUUCUCUGUCUUUCAAAAUUAGAAUUUGUCGGACUAGCACUUGUCGUCACUUAUGUCGUCACUUAUGUCGGACAAAUAUUUGAAAAAGGCAGGUACAUUUUAUCAUUCCAAUAAAUAUAAUUUAAAACUAAAUGGGGGGUGACCAUGUGAGCCAAAACAAAAAAAGUCAGGUUAAAUUUUCGUCGACUAAAUUUACAUCAGACAAAGUCUUUUGAAGUUGUCAUUUUUUCCGACAGAUUUCAGAUUUCAUGUUUUUCAGAUAAAGUAUUCCUCAGAUAAACGUACGGCAUAAUUUGCGUACGGCAUUAAGCUUCCCAAAACCUAAAAGAGCUGCUGACAAGGGGUCAAAAACUGAUUCAAACAGUAGACUCAACUCCCGAAGGAAUAAUAUUUCAUUUUCCAGUUCAGUAAUAGAAUGAGUCAAUAUUGUGAAUUGUACAUGAGAAUUUUUAAUAUGUAUAUUCAUUCGCUGAUUUUAAUAUAUAAUUAUUUAUUAAUUUGUAAAUAAAUGCUUCAGUCAA